AUGUCUGGGGAGUCAAAGGCAUCUUUGUCUUCCCAAUAUCGAUGGGAAAACAUCAUUCUGCCAGCUCCCGUGGCGUUGAACGCCCUUGGUGCUUGCGCUGUCGCCACUGGCUCUCAGAAGGCCAACAUCACCUUUGCACCACCCAAAGAAGGGUUCAAGUACCUGAGUGAUUUUGCCGGUUUCAGGCUCCAGGCCAACCUCUCGAAAUGUGUCGACCUAGGCCGAUUUGCCUUCAUAGAGACCGAAAAGCAGACAGGCAAAAUUAUUAUGCUUUCUGGGACUUUCAAUGGGACAUUUGAGAAUAUCCUUGAAGCACUCUCCGACCCUGAAGGUGCUAAAAGACUGCUUAGACGGGAGAUGGAAACUUGGGAUCAUGCAUCUUCGGACUGUUUGAAUUCCUCCAAGGAGAUAGACGGCAAGUUUAGAGACUGGAUUAACCAUGCCUCUGAGCUCCACCAGGCCUGUGUUACAGCAGAACCAACUUCAGAAGACCAACAAGUCUUGAAGGACAUUGAGUUAGCGGUCGCUCGGGCGUCGAUUGACAAUCAACAUAAUAUUUCUACUAGUCAAUUGGAGAAGUCCUCGGAAGCCGCGACCGAGACAUUCAGAAGAGCUUCUGAUGGAUUCCCCAAAGACUGGGACGCCUUGGGCCGGCAGAUUGUCGAAAAGCUGACAGACAGCUUGAGCACCGCUCUGAACCAAGCCAUGCCCACCUCAAGUGCAAGUAAACCCAAGGAUUCGAAUGAUCCUGCUUAUAGCCAGGUCGUCCGGGAUCUGAUCUACUGGGAGCUGCUCAGCACCGCAUUUGUUGGUACCACCGAUGGCAUUGCUUGGGACAAGGCUGGCCAGGUCACGACCUUUGCCGCGAAGAUGCUUGCCCAUUCGCAGAAGUCUUUCGGCUCUUUAGCCUCUAGUUCGGGACCUAGCCAACAGUACAGAUCAGCAUUGGAUUCGGCUUGCAGGAUUGGAAAUGGGAUUGUGGCCGAAUUAGAACGAGCUGGUAAGUCUAUUGGAUAUACAGCACCCAGUAAAGACUCUGAGACGGUCAAAUCUUGGCAGAGAGACUUUCUGAGUAACUACGCGACCGUGAUCACAAUGAACGCUACGGCCAAGUCUUUCCUGGGAUCGAUUGCGAACGGGAGCGCCGUGCCCAGUCAACGCGGUACCUCGGCUACCGAAGCAGCACAGGUUCAAGCAAAGACCGCCCAAGCUCAAGCAGUCCUCGAAUCGGCCAAGACAAGGCUACAAACAGCGUCUGAAGCACUGGCUGCUACACGAGAGACCUACCAAGACUCCACUGGGAUUCUUGCUGAGCAGCAAGGAAGACUUAACCAGGUCAACGCCAAGCUGGAACGUUUCAAGAACUCGAGCCUGGAAAUGAACGCGAUCAAGGGAAUCCUGAUCCAGGCGAUUGCGACGAUGUUGGAGAUCAAGACAGAGAUUGUGAAUCUCGUGCAAUUCUUCAAUGCCAUCCCGGUAGCCAUUAGAUUUGUCACGGAGAAAUAUGUCAACCCAUAUGUUGAGGCCAUCAAGGCCGGCAACGAUGGAGACAGUGUUGGGCCGUAUUCUAUGCUGGACUUUCAACGAAGUUGCAUCGUCAACAGCACCACGAUCAUCAGAUCGUACUUCUCGAUCUUUGCAGAUUCUACUUCAAUGUGGGCCCGUCUGUCGCAAAUGAGUGUCUUCCCUAUGCUGCGCAUGUUGGAUGAGCUCUUGUCUUUCGCUGGCAUGGGGAUGGACUCGAGAAUGAUCAGCAGGAAGGCAAAUGAGACGCAGGAAUUUUCCCAGAGGGCCAUUGAUGAAACUUCGAGGAAAGCGAAAGAUGGACAAUCGAAGACCAUAAGGAGCAUGGAGACUAGGGUGUCUGAGACCAACGAGAAGAAGCAGACUCUACCUUCUGUUUCUCCUGAGAUUGCCGCGGCCAUUUCUUCUGGCGUUGAGUCCUCUAAGAUAGCUGCUCAGAAGGGCCUACGAACUGAAGCAGAUGAGAGUCUUUUGGCAAAGUCCCUCGCCAGAGGAAACGAAGUUUAA